CAAAUCGAAAGAAGGACGGAAGUACGUUCCGGCGUAAGAAAGUGUAAAUGCACGCCAGCAGAUUUUGGGUUGGGUGUUUGAAAUAAUAAUUUCUAACACGUUAUAACAUUGUUAGUACGGCCUCAACAACAUGGGAGGUGGUGACCUUAACUUGAAAAAGAGCUGGCAUCCGCAAACUCUUAAAAACAUCGAGCGAGUGUGGAAAGCAGAACAGAAACAUGAGGCGGAGAGAAAGAAGAUUGAGGAGUUGCAGAAGGAGCUUAAAGAGGAGCGAGCCCGAGAAGAGAUUACCAGAUAUGCGCAAGAGACAGGCGCUGUAAAAAAGAAAGAUGACCGAUUGGACUGGAUGUACCAGGGUCCAGCAGGACAGAUCUCUCGUGAGGAAUACCUUCUUGGUCGCCCCAUCGACAAGCAGAUCACACAGCAGUAUGAGGAACAUGAGAGUGGACCAUCAGCUGAGACAGGCCUCCUGCCUGGUUCCAUAUUUAACCCUACAAGUUCUGUCUCUACUAAUGAUAUGGCUGCCAAGAUCAGAGAAGACCCUCUUUUUGAGAUCCGCAAACGUGAAGAGGAGAAGAAGAGAGGGGUUCUUACAAAUCCUGUUAAAAUGAAAGAAAUCCAAAAGAUGUUGCGUCACAAUCUUGAAAAGGAAAAGAGAAAACAAAAAUUACCAGCAAACAGAUCUUCAGUAUCUAACCACACAGAUCACGGUUCAAGAGACAGGAGUCGGUCCCCGUUGUCUCAUAAAACAGACCGGGACAAUCACUCCUUUAAAGUGACAGAGCAGAGACCUAAAACCAAAGCCCCCAGCCCAUCAAGACACAGAGACCGCAAUCAAAGACAAUACACUAAUUACAGCAAGCACCUCUCAGCUGAAGAGUUGGAAAAGAAGAGAAAGGAAAUGAUGGAUUUUGCCCGUGAAAGAAAAGUGGAAAGGCAAAAUAAUGUGCAGAGGUACAAGCGACAAGAGGAACAGGAGAAAGCCAGAGACAAUGCCAAACAGGACCGUCAUGCUGGCUUCAUACAUGACAUGAAACUAGAGAGUGCUGCCACCUCCUCUCUGGAAGACCGUGUGAAGAGAAACAUUCACUCUAUUCAGAGGACCCCUGCUGCUCUGGAGAAGAACUUCAUGAGAAGAUGAGACCAUAAAGAACAUGGAAACUUUUACCUCUGUCUUUUGUUUUAAGAUUUUUAAGAUUUGUAAUUUUUAAUUAACAUCAUGAUGCCAGAUCAUGGUUGUAAAUAAAAUGUACAAAUGACACGUG